AUGAAUCGUAUAAAGCAUUUUCGUAGCUUCUCAACAUCAAUCAGCCAGCUUACAAAGAAGAAAAAUAUUUCUCAUUCUUCUCAUAAGCAAAGUGAUGUAAAUUCUUCUUAUAAAGUAACUACAUCUCGUGGUAUGAUCAAUGAAAUAUUCCCGAAACUAGAUUAUCUUCUCGUUUUGGACUUCGAAGCUACAUGCGAAGCCGAUUCAUUGAUUUUGCCUUGUCAAGAAAUAAUAGAAAUGCCGGUUAUUGCUUUGGACACUGAGACAUGGGAAGAGAAAGCAAAGUUUCAUCAAUAUAUUACGCCAACAGAACGCCCCAUAUUAACAUCUUUUUGUACCCAACUCACGGGUAUCAUUCAAGAAAUGAUAGAAGGCAAACCACAUAUCAAUGACGCUCUUGAAAUGUUCCACGAAUGGCUCAAGCAGGAAAACAUUAUUGACUCCAACUUCGCUUUCGUGACAUGUGGAGAUUGGGAUUUGAAAGUUGCAUUGCCGAAUGAAGCAAAAUUCAAAGGAAUAACUUUGCCAGAAUACUAUUCCCGGUGGAUAAAUGUCAAAAAAUCGCAUGGUCAGUAUACUGGGCAGUUCGCAAAAAGCCUUUCUGAUCUAUUGAGCUUUUAUAACAUCAAGCAUGAAGGACGACUUCAUAGUGGGAUAGAUGACGCUAAGAAUAUUGCUGCAAUCGUAAAAGCUUUAGGAUUUGAGGGACACAAAUUCAGAGUGAAUAGUGGUUCUAGUUACAAGGAGAGGCUAUUCAAACGGAGUCCUGCUAAUUGA